UGAUGCUCCUGUCUCAGCCUGAGCAUCAGCCAUUAGCACCAGGCAACCACUUGUCAUUUCUGGCUCCCUGUUGCCUACAAAUGGGAAGGAUAUUUCUAAUCUCCUCACUGUUGUUAGGAGGAUUUAGUAGCAAAGUGCUAACUAAGCAGCCUCUGUGGCUUAUAGUAAACUCCAGGUGGCUAUUUGAUCUUGCUGGCUCCCACCUGCUCUCCUUCCCCCAUGCUUGAUACCUCUGCCUCCUGGAGUCACCAGUCCAGUCUGCAGGGGAUCCAAUAGCAGAUUAGUUUUGAAUGUCUCUUAAUCCAGGAGGUUCUUCCGUAAGUGGAGCUGGGAUAGACUGAUAAGGACCAGCUACUAUAAAUGAACAUAAGUAGUCUAGUGGGUAGACAUUGCAGGAUGGAGCUGCGUACUCCCAAGCUGCUGUUACUGCUGUGGGUGAUGGGCUACAGGUGGGCACACAGUAAUAGUCUGAGUAGAUACACAUCUGUCAUUGAAGUAACCAAUGGUGAUCCCUGGGGCAGCUGGGCAUGGCCGGAGAUGUGUCCAGAUGGAUAUUUUGCCAGUGGGUUCUCAAUCAAGGUGGAGCCCCCUCAAGGCACUCUUGGCGAUGACACAGCUCUGAACGGGAUCAGGCUGCACUGCACUAGGGGGAACCUAGCGCUCGAUACACAUGUUGUGGAGUCUCAAUCUGGGAGAUGGGGUGCGUGGAGCGAGCCGCUGUGGUGUCCCGGUGGUGGUUUCCUAGUGGCUUUCUCACUUCGUGUGGAGGAGCCCCUGGCCCUCGAGGACAACACCGCGGUGAACAACGUGCGCUUCCGCUGCUCUGAUGGCACCGAGCUGGAGGGGCCUGGGCUGAGCUGGGGAGAUUUUGGAGACUGGAGUGACCCCUGCCCCAAAGGCGCGUGUGGCCUGCAGACAAAAAUCGAGCAGCCUAGAGGCCUCCGCGAUGACACUGCGCUCAACGACGCGCGGAUAUUAUGUUGCCACAGUUGACUCUGUUGCU